AUGGGUUGCCAACAGUCGACGUGUCAGAUAAAGCCCGGUGAUGUGUACGACGACGAAGCCAUUGGUGCUAUCCACUCCGAGCCAGUCAAGGACGUUGUGAAAGAGGCUGGCCUGGCUGUGAAGAAAACGGAAAGGUUCGAUAUUCCUAUUGGUCGAAAGCUCUAUCGACCACCGACCUCCGAUUCAGCGUAUUCAGAGACCAGUGUGGAUUCAGGAAUGGGGUAAGAUGAUUUUUGAAGCAGUUUAACUGCGGAAAACGCUAUGGUAGGCUCUUUAAGGGAUUAAUUUUUUAAACUUGACGAUACCAUAUUAUCUAUGAUAUGUUUUUAUGGAAAUUUAAAAAAAAGAGAUAAUUUCAGAAGUGCGGAGACUAGCCUAGUUUUCAAGCCGAUCCAGUUCAGCAAGGAUGAAGACUUUUCGAUCGAUACCUCUUUAGCCAAAAGCAACAGUCAGGUGGUGUCGAUGUGUGCCAAGAAAUUAAAUAUUAGCGAAGUAAGUAACGAUUCAAGUAAUGUCAUAAGUAAUAAGGAAUGGCAUUAUUUUGUAACAGUCUUGUGCCACUUCAUUUCGAAAUCCUUUUUUAAACUUUGAAAAGGAGGAUAAGGGUCUUUGGACAUUAUAUAUUUGGCAUUAUAUAUUUGGCAUUGUGUUUCACUUUCUAGCCAUUUCUCUUGUAAAACAGAGAUAGGCCUUGCAUAAAUGAGCUUUUUAUUUAUAAACUGCCAUUGUUUAUAUUACUUUUAAAUUUCUGAAUAGAAACAGAAAAGAAACGGCGUUUUCUCUGUUUUAGGAAUAUUUGAAUGCUCAUAGACAAUAUAAACAACGAAGCAGUCAAGUUAAAAUAAUUAAAAAAAGUAAAACUAACAAAAUUUAAAUCAAAAUGUUGUAGUACCCAGAAGGACGUCCUGAUGGCCAGCCAUGUUCAAUAUACUGGCACAGUCAAGUCCAUAAUGACAUGAAAACGUUCAUACGAAGUCAGGAUUCUAAAGUCAACAAGUUUCCAGGUAAACAUUCUUAUUUUACUACCGAAGACAGUGUAAUAACACAAAGAUUAUUUUGAUGACGACAGUAAUUAAUUUCAUGCUUAAGUUACCGUAUUUUUACAGGAAUGACAGAAUUGGCAAGGAAAAUAGCCUUAACCCAAGCCAUCCGGAGCAUGAGAGAGUUGUUUCCAGAAGAAUAUAACUUUUACCCUCAGAGUUGGAUUCUACCGUCACAGUACAAUAGCUUCAAAAACUACAGUACUCGCAAUCCUAACAAAUGGUUUAUUGUGAAGCCAGAUGAAGGUAGGAGCAUCUACAUUGUUUUAUUUUGUUGUUUUGAUCUUGAAUCUUAUAUCAGUUUUGUUGCAUUUAUAAUAUAGUUUCAAAUCAUAACUUUCAAACACUAUUACCUACUAUAAUAAUUUCAGGAGCUCAAGGAGUAGGUAUCUAUCUGAUAAACCAAGCAGAACAGCUCCACAGUGUCAAAGACAGACUCCUGAUCCAAGAAUACCUCGACGAACCCUACCUUCUGAAGGACCGUUUGAAGUUUGACUUCAGAGUGUACGCUGUCAUCAAGAGCAUCAAUCCUUUGUCCAUCUACGUUGCUCGGGAAGGAAUGGCACGGUUUUGUACCGAAAAGUACCAGAAACCAACAGCUGGUAACUUCACCCACUUGUACUCCCACCUCACCAACUACUCACUGAACAAGGGUAACGACGCCUAUGUUCACAGUAGUAACCUCAAGGAUCAGCUGAGUGGUAGGUUAACUAAUUUGUGUUUAACUUUCUAAACUGCUGUAAACUAUUUUACAUUACUGUAGUUUAUAUUGACAUUGUGAAGUUUAAUAGUCAUUGUACCGUUCAGGAAGCAAAAGAUUGCUGUCUACAGUAUUUCACCAGAUGGAAUCCAAUGGUCUCAGAACCAGGAAGCUAUGGCACGAUGUGAAGUUAAUCAUCGUGAAGACAGUACUGGCCAUGGUACCUGAGAUCAUGUUGAACUACGAACAUUACUUUAGCGAUUCUCCUGGACCUCAGUGCUUUCAGGUAAGAGCAGUAUCAUAAUAUACUUUUGUAUUAUAAUUGAUUAAUAACUAGAUUAUAUAUUCUUUAAAACAUAAUGAUGACAAGAUUAUGACAAGACUGUCUUAGAUUAUGGGUUUCGAUGUUAUCGUAGACAAAAAUGGCAUUCCACUGCUAUUGGAGGUAAACUCUGCUCCAUCUUUAGUCAUAGAGCACCAUCUGUCGGACGAAACAGCACCAGUCCGGUCUAUCAUUGAUGAAGUAAGUAACAUUUACUUUACUGUUGUCGACAAAAUAAGCUGUGACAUACUGUACUCUAUAAGAGUAGUACAGAUUAUAGGCCAGUAUGCAUUGCAUCAUGAUUAAUUUUGGUUCCGCUAAACUGUAAUUUUUAGAUGAUAAAGGUACCAUUAGUACGAGAUACGAUGCUUUUGGUCCUAAACCAAUUAAAUGUCAAUGAAACUGUCAAUCACAUGGACAAGGUCAAUAACAACUGCCAAGAUGACAUCAGUCUACCUAAGAAAAAGAAAAAAGCCCAUCUUUCUGAGGUAAUACUGGAUGCUUUACCACAGUAAUUGAGUUAAUUCACAAUUCUUACUAUGUUAACAUAAUGAUUUACUUGUUUUGUAUAGAAAUGAUGAUUUGGUAUUUACAAUAGGUAGUAAAAUGUUACUUAACAGUAAGUUUUAGAUAUUUCCAUUACGCUACGGGGCCAACAGUAAACAUUUACUGAUCCUGGACCGAGCCGUCUACUUGUUUAUGCAGUUUACGAGUAUCAAACUAAGCCUUACAAUAUCCUUCCUUUCAUUAAGAGCCUUUAUCAAGUAAGUUCACCGUACCAUAUAUAGCACCUUUCCUUCAGAAAGUGCAGUUUGACCGAUGUGAUAGACAUACCCACAUUGGAGAAGCUUUACUGUCACGUGAACUACUACUUUACCGGUCGAGAGAAUGAUCUGAAUACGGGUUUACCAUUCCACGGCUUUCUACAGUUACUCUUCCGCAUUUCCUGGAUCAAAUUCAGUUUUUGUGACAAUCAGUUAAGUGCUCUACAAAGACUAUUUGCAUAUUGCGACUCUGCCCUUAGGAACUACGGUGUUCGAUCUACACGGCUACGGAGGACUGAAGUCGAGACUGACGUUAAUGAAAAGUAAGUACAACAUACCUGAUAUUAGCAAAACUUAUAUUGUUUUACAAAAGUGACGAAUAAAAAUGGUAGACAAAUCAAUUUUUAUAUCAGGUUGUCCCAAUAUGGAUGAGCCACUUGGAUAGCCUAACUUUGAAAAAUUGUAAAAAAUUCAGUUUUUAUCAGAAUUUUUAAAACUUUUUUUUCUUUGAAAGCUAGUUACGUCUACUACUGAGAAAAAAAUUAUUUUGAACAUUUGCAUUUGUUUUUAAGCUGGCAGAAAUUUUUAAAAAUUUUGAAGAAAUCUUCGUUUUUAUCAAAGCAUUUUGUGGUAAUGUAUAAACUCAUAAACAUAAUCUCGCUACUUCGUUAUUAAAUAAAUUAAUGCUCUAGAGUCUUAUUGUUAAGUUUACAUCAAAAAAAGUUUGAAAAAAAUUUUUGUUUUUUUUAUGCACACGGUAGGAAAAAUACCUCUCAACUAAGCCAUCAAAAGAUUGAAAAAAUGCCCUGAAGCUAUGAACUGCAGAUAAAUUAAAAAAUGGUACUAAUAGGUUAGAUAGGCAUCUCUAUUAUAAGAAUAUAUAAGAUUUGAACUGUUUGGAACAAAUUGGUACACUAAAAGUUGUUACCAAAAAAGUAGCACUUUUCUUAGAAAAUCGGUGAAAAAAACAGACCGUGAGAGGCUUUAGAACGGCUUCUGAUGCUACCGAAGGAAGAAGAGUUUGAAAAAAUGACUUUGUCUUUGGCUAAGAGUAUACGCUGGUUAAAUAUUUAAACCAUUUUAAAAGUUGGUGUCUACACGGAAAAACCCUAGAAGGCAGUUCAAAGUUAAAAUGUACUGUAAAACAUGGGUGUAUUUCACGUUUGGUAAUGUAUCUUUCUCUUGACACGAGGUAAAUUUUUGAAACUUGGUAAAGAUACUAAAGUAACUAUUUACAACACAAUGCCAAGCAAAAAUUAGUUUAGCUUACUUUAGAAAUUUUAAAAAUAUGCAUCAACUAUUUUUCCAAGUGGGACAAAUUCACCUUUCUUAAUGAAGACCGUGGCAAAAAUUCAGAAAUCAUGCUACAAAAAUGAAAACUUGUUUUUUAAACUUUAGUAGUGUUGCUUAAACCGAUUUACAUUAAUUUAAGUCUUUACUGUUUCUUAAAACUCAGAAAGCUAUUGGCAAACUUGAUGUACCCAAAUUUGCUUCAAAAGCUUUGAAAAACUCCAGAAUCUCUAAAAAUGAUGCUACAUGUGUAAAAAUGGUUUUAAAACGUAGACAAGAGUCCAAUGUUACAGUAUAGAAUAACUGUAAAAAAACAAGUGUUAUUAUUUAAAAAACACAAUUUAAAUUUUAAAAAAAUAAAAUUGGCUCAUCCAUAUUGGGACAACCUGAUAUUAGUUAUUACCUAAAUACGUCUUUCAUUUGUGUUUUGUGACUAAAAUUACUUCAAAACACGAUUAACUAUCAGAAAAACAAAAUCAGAUUGAAUUUUGACAAACCAUAAUGAAAAGACGUGAUUUGCAGCGGAUUAGUGGAGAUCUAUUUGCUGCCGAGCCGAAUGAAACGCUCCAGAAGCCGUUACCACCAUCAGAACAGUAAAAACAAGACCAGAUCUCGGUCGAUGCAACAGCGAACGGGUUUUCAUUAG